UCGUUUCCUUUCUCAUCCAUUUCGUAUCGAUUACAGCACGGAGUUUGUAGUUGUACCCCUUUAAAGUACACGCACAUCGAUUUAUACGGACAUCUACGUCAGCCUGAUCGCAUCCCGUACAGCGGCAAUCCUGUCCUAGCCCUGUCCUAUUGUUACCUGAUCCAAGGAAAGUGUCUGACGCUACGAAACGAGUUUCCCUACGAGAUGCAAUACGUCUGCGAGCUCGACUGUAAACCUGUCUGCACAUCGCCCUGUGACCCGAGCGGAACGCCUUCUCCACCGAUCGCCAGGGUUCUCACGUGUCCGAAACCACCCUGCGAACCGCAUCAAGCGGAAUCGUAUCCACCCGCCCAAUCUGCAGCGUUGUGUCAAGCCUGUCAGCCAUGUAAUUCAGAAACGAUGUAUCACGGAGCAAUAAGUCAAUCAAACGUCCAAAAAAAUGAAUUGAACCCUCGCGCUUGACAAUACGUCAAGUUAUGAGAUAUUCGUGCGAUAUGAGAAUUUACGAGGAUUACUCCUAUGUAACGAAUCGUUAAUCUCGUCAUCGAUUUGAAUUUGAAUUUUUUUUUAUCGCCGUUUUACUCAUUUUAUAGAAUUAUGUUAUUUCGAUGUGUAAUAUACAUUUGUACGAAUAAAGUAUGUAUUGUGCAUAAAA